CUGGGCUGAGCUCCGGGUCUGGGCCGGGGUGGCCAUGCUGCUUGUCCCUGCACAGUGCGACACUGUCCACUUCUCGCGGUGGGCUCCCUUCAUCCCAGAGCCUCUGUCCUUCCAUCCACGGCCGCAGACGGGCCAUCCGAGCAAGCUAGCAGCGUCCUUGUCCCUGACCCAUGACAGACCCUGUCCCAGCCCACUGGGUCCCGUCCCGGAAGCCUGGCGCCAUGACUACCGUACUUUUCUUUGGCCCUGUAAAUCAGGCAUUGCCAUACAUGGAUGGCUUUCUGUUAGGCUGAUAUUUGAACUGAGACUUUAGGGGAGGACCGCGGUUGGUGGUUAUCCACGUUGGAGGAUCACAAUGAGCAAAGGCACAAAGUCAGGAGUGGACAGACAUGCCCCUCUGGUCUGGGGAUUUGUUCCUUUGGGGUUAGUAACAUCCUGAAUCAAAGAGGACCAAGAAGAGGAAACGAUUUUUAGAGAUGUGGUCAGUUUCAGCCCGGACCCUUUACCAGCUAGAUAUUAUGACAAGGACACCACCAGACCUACCAGCUUUUACUUCUCAUCCCUGGAGGACCUCCUGGCCUGGACCCCCGCCAUGGAGGAUGGCUUCAACGUCGCCCUGGAGCCACUAGAGCGUCGUCAGCCUCCACUGAGCAGCCCCAGGCCCCGGACCCUGCUGUGCCACGACAUGAUGGGCGGGUACCUGGAGGACAGGUUCAUUCAGGGCUCGAGGGUGCAGAACCCCUACUCCUUCUACCACUGGCAGUACAUUGACAUCUUUGUGUACUUCAGCCAUCACACGGUCACCAUCCCCCCUGUGUGCUGGACCAAUGCUGCCCACCGGCACGGGGUCUGUGUGCUGGGGACCUUUAUCACAGAGUGGAAGGAGGGUGGCAAGCUCUGCGAAUCCUUCCUGGCUGGGGAUGAGCGCUCCUACCAGGCGGUGGCCGAUCGGCUGGUCCAGAUCGCUCAAUUUUUUCGUUUCGAUGGUUGGCUCAUCAAUAUCGAGAACUCCCUGAGUCCGGCUGCUGUGGGAAACACACCCCCGUUUCUCCGGUACCUGACCACGCAGCUCCACCAGCUGGUUCCCGGAGGCCUGGUGCUGUGGUAUGACAGCGUGGUACAGAGCGGGCAGCUCAAGUGGCAGGAUGAACUCAAUGAACAGAACAGGGUCUUCUUUGACUCCUGUGAUGGCUUCUUCACCAACUAUAACUGGCGGGAAGACCACCUGCAGAGGAUGGUGGCGCAGGCCGGGAAGCGCCUGGUUGAUGUGUAUGUGGGCGUGGAUGUGUUUGCUCGGAGCAAUGUGGUCGGAGGCCGUUUCGAUACUGACAAGUCACUGGAGCUGAUCCGAAAGCACGGCUUCUCGGUGGCGCUGUUUGCUCCUGGCUGGGUGUAUGAGUGUCUGGAGAAGAGUGAAUUCCUUCAGAACCAGGACAAGUUCUGGAGACUGCUGGAGCGCUUCCUGCCCACACACAGUAUCUGCUCCCUGCCCUUUGUCACCUCUUUCUGUCUGGGGCUGGGGCCUCGAAGAGUCUGCUAUGGCAAGGAGCAGGCAGUGGGGCCCUGGUACCACCCUAGUGCCCAGGAGACCCAGCCCCUCUUUGGCGAACAUAAACUGGCUGGAGACAGUGGGGGCUGGGUGAAGACACACUGCUGCCUGGCAGACGCCUGGCAUGGGGGCAGCUCUCUGCUGCUCCGGGGCCUGAUCCCGCCUGAGGUUGACAAUGUAGCCGUGAGGUUGUUCUCCCUGCAGGUUCCACUGCCACCCAAGCUUUUCCUGUCAAUGGUGUACAAGUUUGAAGACUCGACAGAUGUUCAGGUGGCUUUGGAGCUUACAACAGGGGAUGUCAGCAGCUGCCACGUGGGUGGCAUAUCGGUGCUGAAUGCAGAUUCUGGCUCAAGGCACAGCCCCCGACCCCUCCGGGUGCCCCCCACCAAGCUGGCCAGGUGGAGUGGCCGUUGUGGCCAGCAGCUCAGUGGGGGCUGGAUUCAAUGCUGCUAUGAGGUGAGCCUGCACGGGUGCCUGCUUCAGGACCUCUUGAUGAGCUUCUCACGGCCACCUGGCAGCCGGGAGGAGAAGGGCUUCGUUUGUCGCCUUGGAGAGAUCCAGGUGGUUGAUGCCAACAGCCUGCUGGCCCCUCUGCCCCGGGUGCAAAAGGUCACCAUCUCGCAGCUCCGCUGGCUUCCGCUGAUCUCUGGAUCUGAGGGCCGCCCUGCCCAGCUCCUUCUCAGCUGUACUCUUCAGUGGUCCUUCCACCUGCUCCAAGCCAGGUGCUUCCGGAUUCAUUGCCGGGAACAGACAGGAAGCAGCUCCGCAACGGACAGGACUGAGAAGCCCACGUUCCUGGGCCUGGCUUUUGCCAACCAGUACCGUGUGGUGGACGUGGUAGUGGGGGCCGCUAGUUCUGGGCAGGAUGGUCGUGUGGAGUUCCUGGUGGAGCCUGUCCCCAGGGAGGGCUUCCAGGUGCCUCAGGCCGAGUGGGGCAGGGCGGCCCUGGUCUACUCGGCCCCUCAGUGAGCCCACCCCAGAGCAUGGUACCCUUCUUGCCUUAAGACUCGAGGUUUCCUCUUGACCAACCACCCAGGGCUGAGUGGACCACGGAGUAUAGCUGGGUCCCCAGGAGGCCACGUCUCUAGGCUCUGGCUGUGCUCUCAGGAAGCUCUGCCCUGUGGGUGCUCCAGGUGAGUUACCUAGCACCCACAUCCUUCUGUGUAACGCCCUCCAUGGGAUACAGGACUCAAGGGAGAAGGAGAGCGUUUGAAGUUUCUUUCAGAAGGUUCAGUAAAGGCUAUCACGCACAGUCUGAAAAGAUGCUUCUGUUGAGAAUGGUGGCCAUUUGUCCCUGCAGCUUUGACAAUCAGAGACAAACCUCACUGGUGACAGUAAGGACCCUGAGAGGCCAGGGUUUGCGAUGCCUCCUGAAGGCUGAGGCAACACCCCUUAGGCUUGGAGUGGGAGUCGGGUACUCACAGGGUAGCUGGGACGGUGGCCCCUAGGACUAGGAGCUCCGUCUGGUGGGCAUUGGCACCCUGCCCCCCCGGCCCCCCUCCCCCCCCCGUACAAGGUGGGCCAGUCAUCAUCAGACUACCUGUAUGGAUGGUGGCUUUGGCAGCUGACUGUCCCCGUGAACCCCAACUCCCUUGCCUGUGCAUAGGCUGUCUGCCAUGGUGAAGGUGCAGAGGCAUCAGGUGCCACUAGGCUUCCUCCCCCUCCCCCCCCCGCCCGUGUCUCCUAGAGACAGAUGAGCCUUGCCUCCCUCUAGGUGUGGCUACAUCCUUAGCUGUACAGAGCCCUGUUGACACUGGGCUGCAUGGAAACCACCCUCUGUGUAUCUGGGCCGUGGGUGACGCCACCAUUGUUUCCCAGUGCUUCAUGCUCAGGCCACAACCUCUCUCAUCCCUUCUGUGUUCAUAAAUGGGACCCUCUUUGACACAGCUCUGGGGUCUGACCUGUCGCCGCCAGGACAACCUGUCGCCAUCCCCUAGAGGUGGACGGGUUGGAUGGGUAGUGCUUCCUCAGAGUCCUGAGUGCCAGGCAAGGAGGGCAAGGGUGGCUCCUGCCUAUAUGGGUUGAUGCUUCUGCCCAUCUUCCCUGAUUUUGUGGGCACUCUGUCUCUCGCGAGUGGCACCUAUAAGGACCUAGAACCAUUCUGCCAGGUUUCUCACAGGGACAGGGGCAGGAUAGGGCCUCUGGUAAAGUCCAGGCUACUCCUGUACCCUGGCAUGUGGCCACCAGCCUUGCAAGUGGGAGAGGAGCACCCAGGACUGUGCUGGCCUUGCUUUCUCUGGUCUGUUGCGGGAACCUGCCCCCAGGACCCUGGCUUCCCCAGUCCCAGCCAGAGUACUAUGCCUGGAGCGGAGAGUCCAAGGGCGGCAGGCAGGGCAGGUGGUGGGUUCCGGGGCAGUGCAGCAUUCCCGAGUGCCCUGCUUCCCUCAUGGUACUGAGGACACUUUUUAAAAGUGCUGGUUCCUUCAAAUAUUUUAUGCAGAGAAGGAGGGAAAAUUUAUAGUGGCAAUUAUUUUCUUACAGUCUGGUGAGCAAGCAAUUAGAAGUAAGGGGGCUUAGCAGAGCGUGGCGUGAGGCAAAGCUGCGCAACCCCACUUCCCAGGAGCACGGUCCCCAGUCCCGGCAACACUGACUCCUGCGCAGGAAAAUUAAUCUGCCGGCAUUUAAGC